AUGGCCGCACUACAGCUGGACUCGGCUGGAUGUGUAGCACUGACGCCGUGCAGAUCGUUUGGUCGGAAAUGCAGUAUGCUGGUGAAGGAGCAGAGGGCAAGGUUCUACAUACUCCGGCGCUGCAUCACCAUGUUACUGUGCUGGCGUGACUGCAGUGAUCUAUAA